CUUAGUAACAUAUUGUAUUCAGCUUUCCAGUGCAAGUGUUCACAUCAGUCUGAAGUACAGAUUUUCCUGUGGAAAAUGGGGGCUCCGGGGUUUCCAGAGACACUUGUAUCCCUGCUGUUCUGUUGCUCACUUCUGACAUCUGGUUUCACGCUGUGUAACGGCUCAUCAGACGUCAGAGAUUUCGUACUAGCAACAACCAAGGAAUGUCACUAUGUGAACGGGACGCAGCAGGUGCGGUAUCUGGACAGAUAUUUCUACAAUCAGGAGGAGUUAGUUUACUUUGACAGCGAAGAAGGACGUUUCAUAGCGAAGACUGAGCUCGGGAAACCGGAAGCAGAAGCAUGGAACAAGGAUAAGGAUUUCAUAGAAGACGAGAAGAGCUCAGUGGAGACAUUCUGUAAAUACAACUAUGGAGUCAUACACAGUAUCACUGCCGACCGGAGAGUUGAACCAUCGAUCAAAAUAUCCUUGAUGAAUCAGUAUGAAGAGUCACAUACAAAGCAGCACAUGCUGAUAUGUAAUGUGUUUGGCUUCUACCCAUCUGACAUUGAGGUGAAAUGGUACCGGAACGGCCAGGAGGAGACCGAGCUGGUUCAGUCUACAGAGCCCUAUCAUAAUGGUGAUUGGUCUUACCAGAUUCUGGUGAUGCUGGAGACAGAGAUUCAGAAAGGCGACACUUUUACCUGCGAGGUUCAUCACAGCAGCCUGAAGGCCCCGCACCGAGUAGACUGGCACCCUCAGUCAUCAGAUGCAGCUAAAAACAAGAUGGCCGCCGGUAUAGUGGGAUUUGUGUUAGGAGUUGUAUUUUUCAUUGUUGGCCUUGUCAUCUACAUGAGAGGAAGAAAAGGGCAAACGUCAUUCCCAGGACAACAGAAUGAACGCUUUGUGUCACAGUAAUCUGGAUCCUACCUGGUCAGUUCCAGCUCAGCUUCCAGCUGUUUAGUUUCUAAUGCAAAAAGGAGGAGUUUCCUGAUGUCUAACCUUCACCAAUGUGUCGGGAUCUAUACAUAUGGCGUGUAACUAUGCUCCGUAAUAUGUGCAGAACUAGUUUUGCUGAUGCCCUUAGUAUAUUGAUUAUUUGAUUUGGGAAUUGAAGAAGCUUUUUAUUAGCUCCAGAUGUUUGUUUUGUUGGUAGUUUAAAGAAAAGAGUAAAAGAAAACUUCAGAUCACUAGAUGAACUCUGCUGCACAUAUCUGCCUUACAAUAGCCAUUAUCUUAGUUCAUAAAUUAUCCCCUAGAAUUGAUUGUGUAUGUAAAGUGCAACACAAUCAUUCAGAGCCAAAUUUCAAUUUAAAGGGGUUCUCCAAGCUUUAGUUAAUACUUACACAUCCGUCGCUCCAUCAAUGCCGCCGUCUCCUCUGUGCUCACACGGCCUGUGGGUUCUUCUCGCUCUGGGUCUCGUCCUGUUGUCUUCCUUUCUUUUCAUAAUAAUAAAUACAGCUGAACAGGAAGAGAAGUGCGCACAUCUGGUCGGGACCCCCGAGCGGAGGAGCCCGCAGCCUGUGUAAGUGCAGUGGAGACGGGGGCAUCGGCAGCGUGACGGAUGGGUAAGUAUUAAUUAAACAGGUUAGGAGAAAGCAUCAGUUUAUAAAGCCUAAAGUUAAACGUAAGGGGGUUGUUUGGAGCAUUUUUUUAUUGAAAACUUCUCCUGGGGCUGGUUAAACCAACCUUCACCAGCCCCCUCGGAACCAGUGCCACCAUGACUUUCUCUUCCCCGAGUUAAAGCCAGUGAUGUAUUGUGGGGCAGCUUAAGCGGUGACUUCCUGCAUACUACUGCAGCCAAUCACCAGACUCAGGUUUGUACAGCCCGAGACCACUGAGACCAGGGAUUGGCUGCAGUGAUGUCACUGCUGCAGCCCAGGGAAGAGGAAAGGCAGAGUCGCUGGAUCGGAGGUGGCUCAGGAAGGAAAGGUAAGUUGUUUUUUUUGUUUCUUUUACUGGCCCCACAGCAUUUAAAACAAAGGUAACUUGGAAAACCCUUUAAU